CUGACACUGUUCACCUCCAACAGAGAAACUUUCCUGGAGUUCUUUCCUGGACUCUUGUGACUGCGGACCAAGUGAAACCCCUCUCAGCCGCCCGGAGGCCCUUCAUGCUUAAAGGAGACACACGGCGGGGAUUUAUUCAACAUUCUCACCUUACAUGCACAUUGGAUUUCAAACUUGUCAACGCGUCCUGCUGGGGUAACGUCAGCUCAUUUAGUGCAUUCCCACACCGGGUUGGAGGUCGGUAACCAACAGGAAUAUGCUCUGGAAUACUUAGUGUUUCUCAAAAAGUGAACGGAGUUUUUGAACGGAGCCAAAAGUAACCUGGACCUCUUCCUCCCCCUUAAACUUUCUCCUGCGGUGUUUGGUUAUGGCUUGGAUUAAAUGGGGCCUCUUUUGCUCCUUCGCUUUGCUUCUUUCCCCGGUGUGUGUGUCAGCCGAGCAGCAGCAGCAGCAGAAGAGCCAGAGCGGCUUCAGGAGGCUCUACGUGCUCCAGCCCGGCCCGGGACCGGGACCGGGACCGGGCUCGACCGGUGCGGACGGCGGGAUGCGUAUCAGCUCCAUCUCGACGCGCCACGGAGCGUCGGGGCAGGCGCACACGUACAACGUAGAGCUCUCCGCCAACUACGGCGGCCAGGUCCGGACCCGCAGGAUGGGGAACCAGGCGCCUGGCGGGCAGGAGCAGAGCCAGCAGAAGCAGCUCAUGAAACUGUCUGGGGUUAAUGUCUGUGGAGGGCAGUGCUGCCAUGGCUGGAGUAAAACUCAGGGAUCUCAGCGGUGCACCAAACCCAAUUGCAUCCCUCAAUGCCAGAAUGGAGGAAUGUGCCUCAGGCCUCAGCUCUGUGUCUGCAAGCCUGGCUCCAAUGGGAAGGCAUGCGAACAGAAGGUGCCCACACACCCCUUCCCAGCAGUGCCCGGGAAUGGACCCACCACCGGGCACAACACUGGUCACACAAACGGACACACAACUGGUCACACUAAUGGAUACAAUGUGGUCCCACAGCGGCCCAUACCUCAACAAUUGCCCCCCAGUGGUUACGCCUCUGCCCCCUCUCCACCCAGUAACAUGGCACAGAUGAAACUCACCGUCAAGCCAGCCCCUCAGCUUGUGAGACCACAUUACAUCCAGCAGCACAUCCAGCAGCAGAUCCGGCCCAUACACCCAGGUCAGCAGUAUGUUGUAAAGCCCAAAUACUACCACACUCACACCACUCACACACAGACGCAUGUCCAAUCCCGACCUGAGAGGCCGAUCCCCCUGACAGUGGCACACAACCCCAUCCAUGUUGGCAACCACACAGGGAGGAUCAAGGUGGUCUUCACACCAACCAUCUGCAAGUUAACCUGCAUAGGAGGCAGAUGUCACAACAACUGUGAGCAGGGAAACACCACCACCAUCAUCAGUGAGAACGGCCAUGCUACAGACACCCUGACAGCACCCAACUUCAGAGUAGUGGUGUGUCACUUGCCGUGUAUAAAUGGUGGAAAAUGCAGCACCAGGGACAAGUGUCAGUGCCCUCCCAGCUUUACUGGAAAGUUCUGCCAGAUGCCCAUUCAGAACGGACACCAGCAGCACCAGCAGACGUCAGGGGGCUACAGCCAGACUCAGGUCCACUCCACACACACUCUGCCUCUGACCUACAGCAACGGCCAGACUCCCCUUGUCAUCCCCAGCUACGUAAACAUCCACAUCAAACAUCCUCCAGAGGCGUCCGUCCAGGUCCACCAGGUGUCUCAACUGGACAACUACCACAACAACAACAACAACGGGCACCAGCUGAAAGGCUCCCAGUCAGGCUCCUCCUCCUCAUCAUCCACCAGCUACAGCUACCACCACUCAGAGAGCAGCCAGAAGAUCCAGCACCACGGCUACAACAGAGUCUAUCCCGCCCAGCAUGGCUACCAGGUGCCCCAGUACCAUCCGGUCACAUCCAAGAACACACUGGGUCGCUGCUUCCAGGAGACUGCAGGGAGUCAGUGUGGGAAGGCUCUGCCAGGACUCACCAAACAGGAGCAGUGCUGCGGAACCAUUGGGACAUCCUGGGGCUUCCACAAAUGCCAGAAGUGUCCAAAGACACAAUCUAUCCCUCUGAUCGAUUGUCCUCAGGGUUACAAGAGAGUCAACAGUUCUCACUGCCAAGAUUUAGAUGAGUGCCAGCUUCAGGGCGUGUGUCCAAACGGAAACUGUAUGAACACCGUGGGCAGCUACAGGUGCAUGUGUAAACCCGGAUUUGUCCCUGACCCAACGCUCACCACAUGCAUAUCCAACACGCCUGCCAUCCAAGAGGAGAAGGGUGCUUGCUUCCGUUUGGUCAGCUCAGGGAGGCAGUGUUUGCACCCAGUGUCUGCCCAGCUGAGCAAACAGCUUUGCUGCUGCAGUGUGGGCAAAGCCUGGGGCCCUCGUUGUGACAAAUGCCCCCCUCCAGGAACAGCUAAGUUCAAAGAGAUCUGUCCUGGUGGAAUGGGCUACACAGUUCUACCAAAUCCACCUGUCCAUAAGCAAGUCCCCGUUUACCAGGAGCCCAUUGACCUGCCACCUCCUCCCCAGCCCCUGCCAACACCAGAGAGACCAGUGGCAGCUUUUGGGAAACCAGAAGAGAUCAUACCAGUAGCAACAACUGCACCAGAUCAGGAGCUGGUAGUGCCUGUGGUUAGUGAUAGGCCAGUUGUUGAACCCAUUCAGCCACAGCUAUCUCCGGGCGUAUCCACUGUCAGGAUCGAGGCAGCCUAUCCAGAGGUCAUUGAGAGGACUUCUCCUCCUGCACCGGUGGAAAUCCUUCCAUCUAAUGCCGGCCAGGACAUCGCUCCCACCAUAUCAGCUGAGGUGGAUGAGUGCCAGGUCAACCCUUAUAUUUGUGGCCAGGGGAUUUGUUACAACACAGCUGGGGGAUACACCUGCCACUGCUAUGAAGGAUACCGCCUAGAUGACGCCAAUACUACCUGUGUAGAUGAAAAUGAGUGUUUGCAACUGCCAUGCAAUAGCGGUAUCUGUUCAAAUACAGAGGGGAGUUACCUGUGUGUGUGUCAGCUGGGACUCCGCCUCGAUGAAAGGGGAAUCACUUGUGAAGAUAUUAAUGAGUGUGAAGACGAUACGCUGUGUCCCAAUGGUUUGUGCUACAACAUGCCCGGCAGCUAUUACUGUCACUUCUGUCCUGAUGGCUUCUUGGCACAGGGAAACCUGUGUGAAGAUAUAGAUGAGUGCCAGAACCAGAGCGUGUGUACUAGAGGCCACUGCCAGAAUACUGAGGGCUCCUUUAUCUGUCACUGUGGGCCAGGAUUCAGAGUGUCACCAGCAGGAGACAACUGUGAUGAUGUGGAUGAGUGUGUAGAAGAAGCCCGGCCCUGUGCAGCUGAAGGGGAGUGUGUAAACAACGUUGGCUCUUACACCUGUACCUGCCCCUCUGGAUACAGACAGAUCAAUGGCACCAGCUGCAGUGAUGUUGACGAGUGUUUGGAUGAACAAGAGCUCUUCCCCCACGGCGUGUGUCACAACACAGAGGGAUCCUAUCUGUGUGUGUGUUUGAUUGGAUUCACCGCCAGCCUCGACACGCCCUCCUGUGAUGAUAUUGAUGAGUGUGGACUUAAUGAGACUCUGUGUGGCCCUCACGGCUUCUGUGAGAACAGACUGGGCUCUUUCCAAUGUCUCUGUGACCAGGGUUACCAGGAGUCCCAGGAUGGCCGAGGUUGUGUGGAUGUAAAUGAGUGUGAGCUGCUGAGCAGUGUGUGCGGAGAAGCUCAGUGUGUAAACGUGGACGGUUCCUUCCUGUGCAUGUGUCCCAGCGGACAGGAAUAUAACCUCAUGAUCGCCAAGUGUGAGCCCGUUCCCACAACAUCUUCAGUGGAGCGUAAGGAGUGCUACUAUCGUCUGAAUGAUGAAAACCUGUGUGAGAGUGUGCUGACCAGCCAUGUCACCCUGCAGGAGUGCUGCUGCACGCUGGGAGCCGGCUGGGGGGACAACUGCGAAGUCCAUCCCUGUCCUGUCAAUGGCACGGACCAGUUCAAUCAGAUGUGUCCAUCAGGAAGAGGUUUUAUUCCAACUGAAGACCUGCUGUAUGGUGUACCCACAUCUGACAGUUACAAAGAUGCAGAUGAAUGCACACUGUUUGGCCAGGAGGUGUGUAAAGGAGGCUUCUGUCUGGAUACUGAGGGCAGCUACGAGUGUUACUGCAAGACAGGACAGGACUACGACCCCGCCAAACUGGAGUGCAAAGACAUCGAUGAAUGUCUGGAUGAGUCUGUGUGCGUUGGUGGACAGUGUAUGAACACAGAUGGCUCAUAUAUGUGUUUCUGUACACAUCCCAUGGUGCUGGACCCAAACAGUAACCGCUGUGUCUUCAGCCCUGAGGUGGCAGAGCAACACGAGUCGGAGCAGGUAGACUACAUGGGUAUCUGCUGGCAGACAGUGAGAGAAACCAUGACGUGCACACGGCCACUGGGUCCCAGCAGGAAGACCACAUACACUGAGUGCUGCUGUCUUUAUGGAGAGGCCUGGGGCAUGGACUGUGCCCUGUGUCCGCCCAGAAACACCGAGGACUAUGCGUCCAUGUGUAACCUUCCUCUGGGUGACGGGCGGCGGCCGUACGGUCGUGACGCCCUUGUUGCCGGGCCGGUCCAUGAAUAUGAAGUGAACCCAGACUAUUCCCCAUCAUCUGAGCAGCAGGCCUCCCUGCCUUUUUAUGAGAGCGAGGAGCGUCCAUACAAGGCAUUUGAGGGUUUGCAAGCAGAGGAGUGUGGUAUACUGAACGGCUGUGAGAACGGUCGGUGUGUCCGAGUUCAGGAGGGUUACACCUGCGACUGCUUCGAUGGAUACACCUUGGACCUGUCCCGCAUGGCCUGCAUUGAUGUGAACGAGUGUUCAGAACUUAACAAUCGGAUGUCUUUGUGUAAAAACGCAAAGUGCAUUAACACAGUGGGCUCCUAUCAGUGCGUGUGUCUGCCGGGCUUCACUCCCUCUGACAAACCCAACUACUGCGUGGAGGCAGCUACACGCCCAUCAUCAACACACAGACAGUGAGAGAGGACGGACACUAGGGGGCGACAAGAGACACUAAAACAACACACACAAGCUUGUAUUACUUUACUUGUGAGGACGUUCAUUGAUUUCAUUCAGUCACUGCCAAAUUCACAACACUUAAUGUGGAACUCCCCGUGUCCAUCAGAUCAACCAAAUCCCAAAUCACUGCACAGGUGAUCAUCGGAGGCGAUUGAGAGGAGAGUUUGUGGUCAUCAUGUAAUAUCAGGGAGGGUACCUUUGUUACAAAUCUAUUUGUACUCGUUGCCCAAAUCUUUAGUCUGAACUAACAUCAUCCUUUUUCUGAUUAUACUACAAAAUACAAUUUUCUACAGUUCCUCUAUAUGCUUUAUUGUAGUGACUUUAAAAAGUGGAGUUUUUUAAAUAAAAUCUUUCUAAAUAUUUUACCAUACUUCCAAUUGUUAGGCCCUAUUAUAAGGAGAAAAAGAGAUUGUAACUUGUUGUUUCUUUAAUAGUUCCAAUUUUGGGAUAGGCCAUGUUGUAUUUGUUUGAUGGAAGACCUCAUACCUGUACUCUGAUUAGAACAAGAACCAGGAAGUGAUUAGCCUAGUUUAGCUGAAAGACUGGAAGCAAGUCUUUCUGCUCAGCUGCUCCUACACAGAGAUGAGGAUGUUAUCAAUCAGCUAUUUUGCUCUUGGAUCGAAAUUAAAAUAAAGUAUUUUCCUAUAAUUUUCCUUAUCUUAAAUGAGUAACGAUUACAGAAGACACUAUAGAUCCAUAGUUGUAGAAUGUAAGAGUAGAGUAAGAGCUUGUUACCAGACUCCUACAUUGAGCCAAAUCAUGUAAGAAAAAUGUGUUUAAAAAAGCAAGCACGCAAGCUAAGAGCUUUUUCGCUAGGAAUAAUGUCCCUUUUCUGAGUUAGCAUAUUAGCACUUGCCAAUUAGCUUUAAUCAUAAAUAACAGCUAAAGUAAAUAGACUGAAGGCUGAUGAACCAAAGAGUGGAGAAAGGCUAAACUGUUCCUGAUAAUAGCAAUCUACGACUAGUGAGAUGAUCAAAUAUAUUAAGAUUCAUUAAGACAACAGGAGUGCAUGAAAACACAUUUCAAUGCAAACCAUCCCAAUAGUUGUUGAGAUGUAUCAAACCGCAACAUGGUUAAGUACGAGUAAAGUGAUGACCAAAGAUAUCAAAACUCACGUAAAUAAUCACGUUCCUUAUUAUUGUAAUCCAACGAAUUUCAUAGAUUUUCAAAAGUAAUAUUUUGGGACCAAAGUUGUGUGCUAACCAAUCCAAAUAUUGGUCCCUGUAGGCCCACAGCUCUAAAAUAUAUGAAUUUAGGAAACAUCAGUUUUAAAGAAUCCUGUCAAAAUGUCUACUCACGAAUUGUUACAUACAGCAGUUUGGUCAGUUGCAUUCUACUACAAAAUAUAACAAUCAGUUAUUUCCUUCAGAUUCAGUUUUGCUUGCAAUUGUUCAAAUAGUAAAUAGGCUACAUCUGUUUGGUUUUUUAAAAGUGGUCAAGGUAGCAAAAAUACACAAGCUGCCUUUUGUAAGACUCUCAAGCGCACAGUAACAAAAUGUCACAUUUGAAACAUUUUUGAUGUAAAAGAAUAAUUAUAUAAGACAAAGAGCGUGGUUUGGGGGUGAAUAAGCACUAACUCACUUGCAUUGUUCAAUAACUAAUAUCUUACGCAGGUCAUUUAAUUAAAGAAGUCGACCUCCUUAAAGAAUGGACUGGUGGUUUCAGCAUGAACACGUUAACUGUGAUGCGUGAUAAUUAAUUGUUUUUGAUUGCAUUGAUUGCGUGCUAUUUUAUCCCCGCAGACACCAUACUGUAGCUAAGCCACAGCACUGACCGCAGUGUCUCCCUGUAGCCACAGUGAUGGAAAAGAUCAUCACCACUGUACCUUUGAGUGACUCAUUUCACUUUAGACAAAACUCCCAGACGGCUCUGUUCACAAUUUAAAAGUAAUGUGCACGUUGUGACAUAAAACAUUUUCCUUAAGCAGUUUCCACUUACUUUGAGAUCCAUAGCAAGUAUGCUAAUGUUGUAACCAUCCAUCUACCAGAAGUUCCUUAUUUUCUUUCAAAAUAAAAGCAGCUUUAAAUCCACACAGGAAGUACAGUAUCAUUAGCCCUGAACAGUACAACAUCCAAAAUAAAAGCAUACCAAAUUCUGUUUUGAAAUGCAAAAUAAUGGAAUUUCAAACAUGCAAUAGAAAGUUAGAUUAAUUACGAUCAACUAUUUUAAUUCAACGAUUAAUCGGGAUGAAAAUAUGUAAUUGAUUGACAGCAUCCAGAAGUAACACUGUUAGCAUCGGGCCUUUGACCAAGCUGUUGUGUAGAGCAUCUCUAACCUCCUCGGAGCCCCCACCUACUCGCUCCAGGAUGGGAACCACAAUAUUGCUUCUUAUCAAAGUAGAUGUGUUUUCAUAAUAAAUUAAACAUGUUCUCCCAUUUAAGCAAUUCCCUGAUCAUCAUGUCUAAUUAUGGCAUUUUAUCUAAGAAUCAUUUUUUAAAGAAUGGUAGAUUUAAGCAGUAGACCAAGAACUUUGACAUCAUCCUCAUCAUAAUACUACGUUUUAAAAGAUAGCCUCAAACAAGUAUAGAGAAACCAGAACUUCUUAAGGCAGAGCUUUCUACUAUUUAUCCCUGAGGGAACACACUUUGUCCUUAGAAGUACAGAAAUACAAGCACACACACACAGACACACACACACACACACACACACACACACACACACACACACACACACACA